GCUCAACGCGAGUGGUUGCUGUAUUAAUCGAGCGCUUUUCUAUAUUAGAAAGAGAAAGAGUACGUCCCUCUCUCCCUUCUACCUAUCCGUACAACUACGAAAUAAGCAUUCAAAGACAAUACAGCCGGAAAACAUGUCGACAUUUGAAUUGAGAAAUUUGGACGAAUGCCUGGAAAAACAUUUGCCAGCUAAGGAGCUACAAGAAGUCAGGCGCAUACUCUAUGGAGUUGAGAAAGACCAAUCUUUGGAACUGCCAGAGAGCGCUCGCCAGACCGCUUCGCAGAAUGGCUUUGAGAUCAAAGGCUUUAAAUUUGAGGCACGCCCCGAGGAGCUGCGUAAGCCGCGGUUGGUUCGAAUUGGUGCCAUACAAAAUAGCAUUGCUUUGGUAACAACGGCACCUAUUGAAGAGCAGCGCGAGGCCAUUUGGAAUAAAGUGAAGAGCAUGAUCAAAGCGGCGGCACAGGCUGGCUGCAACAUCGUAUGCACCCAGGAGGCGUGGACCAUGCCCUUUGCCUUCUGCACACGUGAGAAGUUUCCCUGGUGCGAGUUUGCCGAGGAGGCGGAACGUGGGCCGACGACCAAAAUGCUGUCAGAACUAGCAAAGGCCUACAACAUGGUCAUCAUACACUCCAUCUUGGAGCGAGAUAUGGAGCAUGGGGAGACGAUUUGGAAUACGGCUGUCGUAAUCUCGAAUAGUGGUCGGUAUAUGGGCAAGCAUCGUAAGAAUCACAUACCACGUGUGGGCGACUUCAAUGAGUCCACCUACUACAUCGAGGGCAAUACGGGACAUCCCGUUUUUGAGACGGAGUUCGGCAAGCUGGCGAUCAAUAUUUGCUAUGGCCGCCAUCAUCCACAGAAUUGGAUGAUGUUCGGUUUGAACGGAGCAGAAAUUGUGUUCAAUCCGUCGGCUACAAUUGGACGUCUCUCGGAACCCCUAUGGAGCAUAGAGGCAAGGAAUGCAGCUAUAGCGAACAGUUACUUUACAGUGGCUAUCAAUCGAGUCGGCACUGAGGAGUUCCCCAAUGAAUACACCUCAGGGGAUGGUAAGGCAGCGCAUAAGGAUUUUGGCCCCUUCUAUGGCUCAACAUAUGUGGCGGCACCAGAUGGCUCCAGAACUCCCAGCUUAUCGCGCUGUGAAGAUGGUGUGCUAGUCACUGAGCUAGAUCUGAAUUUGUGCCGACAGGUUAAGGACUUCUGGGGCUUCCGCAUGACCCAACGGCUUCCACUCUAUGCUGAGUCAUUCAGUAAAGCAGCGCAACUGGAUUUCCAGCCACAAAUUGUGCGGGAGAAGUAAUAGAAAUUUUAUUGUAUUACAAGACCUAUUGGCAA